GCGAAUUUUUGAAAGGUGGAGGGUUUCCCGUGCAAAUACUCGUAUUGUGUUAUUGUGUGCAGAAUUCUUUGAAUAUUUGUGUAAACAAGGAAUCGUAGCUGACUUUGACCGAUGGACCGGUGAUCAGCAGAGAGAAGAAGCAUGACAAACCCCCAAGAUAUUAAUGAGCUAGAAGAGAUUAAACAGAAGCUUGCAGAAGAUGGUUUAGAUGGAAAUGCUAGCAACGAUGACAAAUUGCGGCAUAUUUGGCGACUCUACACAAAAGCCGAUAAUGGUUUACAGACGUCACUCAAAGAUGUGGAACAGUUGCGUAUCCAACAAACGCAGGAAAUGCAAGAAGUUGAGAACUAUGUUGAACACAUUAGAAGUUUAUCUCAUGAACGGGAACAGUUAACCGCAGAGUUUGAAGCUGAAAAUGAGAAAUUAAAAUCUGAAAAUGAACAACUUCGAAAUGAAUUAGUGGAUGGUGCUAAUAGUGAGAUCACGCAGAUGUUAAUGCAGGAAGGACUUGAAGACGUAGCCAAUGGAACAACGAGUGAACAAAUAGCGUACUUAUUAGUUGAACGGGCCAGAUUGAUGGACGAAGUUGAUAUAGAAAGAAAGCGUGUUGAUGACAUAGAAGCCAGUCAAGGUUUCCCAGAUGAUUAUAGAUUGCAAGAAACUAUACGCAAAGAAAGAGAAGCAUUUGAGGAGGAAAGACAAAAUUUUAAAAUGACAAAAGAAAGUUUACAAAGGCUUCAUGAUGAUGAACUCAACAGACUUAAAAAGGAUCACCAAGACCAAGUACGCCAGAAAGACAAGCUGAUAAUGGAACUACAAAAUGAAGUACAGAAAAACAAUAAUAUGUUGGAGCGGGAAAGAAAAGCACGAAAAGUAGAUGCAGAAGAAAAAAUUGUGAAACAAGAAACGAUUCUUACACAAACUGCUUCCAGGGACUAUGAACUGCAGCAUCUGAAAGACAAACAGAUAAUGAUGGAAGAGGAUAAAAAUAUUUUAAAUGAAAAGAUCAAAGAAUUAUCAGAAGAACUUCAAAAAGAAAAGACCUCACGAAGUAAUCAAGAGGCAACAUUGCAUAAACUACGAGCUGUUAUUGAGAGAAAUAAGAAAGUCCUGGCAGAGUCUGAGGGGUCCAAGCAGAUUCUAGCAGAUGAGAAGAGGGCUCUAGAAAUGAAACUUGCAUUUCUACAAAAAGACAUCGAUGGAAUGAAAGACAAAGAAAAAACAAUGGUUAAUGUGCAGUCAUGUGAGAAAGAUAUCAAUGACAGCCUGAAAAAAGAAAUUGAAGACUUGAAAACUGAAAAAGAGAAAUUGAAGACUUGA